AUGACGUCAGUACGUGAGGAAUGAAUGAAACGUCAUCCUUACGGCUGCAGCUUUGGUCCUACAGUGGUGCGCGGCCUUUCUUUCUCUCUAGCUUCAACUCAAUAAUUAAGCAAAUUAUCUCAUGUUUAAUUUUAUAACCAUGGCGCGAAACAUCCCCUUCUACGCCGCCCCCACUUGUCUUCUUCUUAUCACUGGACUGUGUUAUCGAGUGGCUGCCGAUGGGCUGGUGAACGAGGAGGUGAAACGAACGGUGGAUCUGAGCACGCACCUUGCUAAGAUAACAGCAGAGAUUCUUCUGUCAAACCAGGGAGACUCGGCGGUACAUCACUUUAUCUUGGCAGUAGAGCCCGACCUGGCCCCCCACCUCGCGUAUGUCGGAGCAUCGGUAAGUGAUUUCGGAAUGAAUUUGCUGUAAACCAUAUUUUGCCAGGUAGCUAGUUGGCUAACUAACAUUAGCUAGCCGGCUAACUUUAGCUAGUUAGCUAACAUGCACAUCUUUGUCCCGAAGCGCCCAGUCAAGGCAAGGAAGCUACAGUACUUGCUCGCUAGUAAAUGUCUACUUUUGCUAAAUGGCCGAUCUACCUAACUGUGGAAGUGAUGUUGCAAAAACAUUUUUAGAAGGGCAUUAUAUGAAGGUGGCGUGGAACUGUUUGAAUGGGCUAGCGGGUGCACUUCCGCAACACAACUCGUUCUGUCAGUGGCGAAAUGACACGUAUGCGCUUAGAGGGUAGCUACUUCCGUGUCUAAUCUGAACAGCCCCCUUUUGUGUGCAAUAUUUUUGAAUUGCCUAGGACCUUAAUUUAUGUCAGAUAGUUGUUAGUUAGACUAAAUGCUUCCCCCUUGGCUUUCUCCUACUAUCAGUGAUUGUUUAUACUCCACCCAUACCAGUGGGGAAUGAAUACUCACUCUACAUUCACACCGCUACCGCUGCAUACUCAAACUCAUUCCUGCCUGUAAAUGAAUAAGCCUCAUGUCCAGUUGUAGUUGAAUUGCAGCAGAAUGGACAGACAUGUAAAUGUAUGUCUUUGCCAGGUGAAGGGUGAUGAAGAGGAGGAUGUCAUGCUUGAGCUCAAGCAGACAACGAUCCAAGGUCAAAGGUGAGAAGUCUAAUAUAUUGUGCAUCCCUGUUCACUAAGGUUACAUUGCAUUGUCCAUUGUAUGUCAUUAGACUGUAAAGUUUGUAGAUAUGCACAAUUUCACCAUGUUAAACUUCACCCCUUUUUUUCCAGUGGAGUUUCUCUCACUGUUUUAGUUUGUCCCCUUCUUGUUUUUAGAACCAUAUAUGUUAGUGCUGGUGACCUGACCCCUCUCCUAUCUGCUAUCCUCUCUACAGUGGGGAGUUUUACAAGGUGCAGUUACCCUCCGGUCUGGGUGUGGGCGCUAAGCUGCGGGUGAAGGUGGAGAUUGUCCUGAGCCACAUCCUGAGGCCCUACCCCACCCACAUCACCCAGGCUGAGCGUCAGCUGGUGGUGUUCCAGGGUAACCACUACCUGUACUCCCCCUACCCCACCCGCAGCCAGACCACCCGCGUCCGCCUCGCCUCUAAGACUGUGGAGAGCUACACCAAGCUGGGCAACCCCAGCAAGAGCGAUGAAGCUAUUGAGUAUGGCCCCUUCCGUGAUGUCGCCCCAUUCAGCGAGGUAAAGUGUCUCGGAGGGCCCUGACUGGAUUUAGGAUUCAUUUAAUAUAUAUUUUUAUGUAUAUUUUCAGACUUUAUUGAAUAGAUUGAUAGAGAGGAUGACAGUGGGGAAAGAUGGACAUUGUAUCAAAGGGCAGAAGGCUGGAUUUGAACCGUACACAUGUGUAGACGUGUGCCAGAGGCUGCGGCUUAGACAGCUAGACCACCCUAGGCCACGUCCUUCAAUGGUUUAAACACUUUUGGGCCAGCUGAAUAGCAAACAUUGGCUUAGUGGAUUCAUAUUUGGAAGAGAAGCAAAAGGAGAAAUGUAUUUUUUUUGUUCUUUUUAGGAUGCCAUGAAGGUCCAUUAUGAGAACAACACACCCUUCCUCACCAUUAGCAGCAUCACCCGCAUCAUCGAAGUCUCUCAUUGGGGAAACAUUGCUGUGGAAGAGACCAUUGACAUGAGGCACACAGGGGCAUUCCUGAAAGGGCCUUUCUCCCGUUAUGACUACCAGCGCCAGUCUGACAGUGGCAUCUCAUCAGUCAAAUCCUUUAAGGUGUGUUGAUUUUAAAGACUCCUUUAUUGCCAUGGAUAUUGGUGCAGUUUCAAAUCAUGCUCGCAGAAGGACUUCUUAAGACUGUAUAAUAACUUCAUCUCUUAAUUCUCCCGAAGACCAUCCUUCCUGCCUCAGCUCAGGAUGUGUACUACCGGGAUGAGAUCGGCAACAUAUCCACCUCCCACCUCCAGAUUCUGGAAGAAUCUGUGGAGGUGGAGGUUAGGCCCCGUUUCCCCCUGUUUGGUGGCUGGAAGACCCACUACAUUAUCGGCUACAAUUUGCCCAGCUACGAGUACCUCUACACUCUGGGUGAGUUGCGUUGACUAGAUUACCAGAUUACCAUAACUAUUAAUAACCAUAACUCUUUAAAGAGAAAUGGCCUGAAAGCUAAAAAAGAAUAUGCUAUUGCUUGAAUGCAUCCCAUUGGUUCUCAGGUGAUCAGUACGCUCUGAAGAUGAGGCUGGUUGACCAUGUAUAUGAUGACCAAGUCAUCGACUCCCUCACUGUUAAACUCAUACUGCCAGAAGGCGCCAGGUGAGCAUGCAUGAUGUGUAUGUGCACACACUCCUUUAGUGUCUGUGGAAAUCUCCUGUUUCAUUCUAAUGAUCCUCAUCGCUUCCUCUCAGGAACAUCCAUGUGGAAACCCCCUACCCCAUUGACCGUAUUCCAGACCAGCUGCACUACACCUACCUGGACACCUUUGGCCGUCCCGUGCUGGUGGCCUCUAAGAACAACCUGGUGGAGCAGCACAUCCAGGACAUAGUGGUGAGCUGCUGGGCCCUAAUGGAAGAGGGAAUUUGAGACUUUAGGGGGAAAGUUCAGGGUAGAAAGGAAGGCAGUUUAUGUUUUUGGGUUCAAUGUAUCUCUAAAACCAGUGUGCCAUUACUAUGACAGGAUUGUUAUAAGCAAUCGCUCCAGAGAUACACCACCACUAGGGCCCAACAGCUGCAUGCUUUACAUCUGAAACCCUUGCAUAGAAAUGCUUUAGAUGCAAUGGAAGACUAGGUCCCUCAUUGAUGGUGCAAGUUCCUCAGUGGCUCUUUCUCUCGUCCGCCAGGUGCAUUAUACCUUCAAUAAGAUCCUGAUGCUGCAGGAGCCUCUAUUGGUGGUGGGGGCCUUCUACAUCCUCUUCUUCACAGUCAUCAUCUAUGUGCGCCUGGACUUCUCCAUCACUAAGGUACACCAUCCUCAACAUACUCUGCUCCUCUUAUUAUAAUUAUUAUUAUUGGGAGCACUUUAACUCUCCUGUCAUUACUCCCUUCUAAGUUCAUCUCCUUUUUCCUGUGUGCACUUGCUGACUCUCUCCCCUUCUCUCUCUCUCUCUCCAUCUUUUUUUCAGGACCCUGCUGCAGAGGUUCGUAUGAAGGUGGCCUCCAUCACAGAACAGGUCCUGACCCUGGUCAACAAGCGUUUAGGGCUGUACCGCCACAUGGACGAGGUGGUGAAUCGCUAUAAGCAAUCCCGAGACACGGGGGCCCUGAACAGCGGUCGCAAGACCCUGGAGGCUGACCACCGUACCCUCACCAACGACAUCAGCUCCCUGCAGGCCCGCCUUAAAGCAGAGGGCUCCGACCUUGCAGAUAAGGUGUGUGUGUAUUCAAUUGUAUGUACAGUAUUUGGUGUGUGUACAGUAUUUGUACCUACCUGUGUGUAUACACUGUGCUGAGCCUUAGAUUCCGCUGUGUGUGUCGUCAGGUGGGUGAGGUGCAGAAGCUGGAUGGCCAGGUGAAGGACCUGGUGGGUCGCUCCUGUCAGGAGGCUGAGCGCCUGGUGGCAGGCAAGGUGAAGAAGGAGGCCUACAUCGACAACGAGAAGACCCUAACUAGCAAGAGACUGGAGCUGGUGACCCGCAUCGACAGUCUGCUGGACACCCUGUAAACACCACAAUACACACAUUAGUGUACAGUACACACACACGUGUUACACAUCUGUUGAACCGCUCCUGCACUCAUUUAUAAUAAGGAACAUCGACAUUUGCACACUUACACCCGCAAGCUCAUUGUCCAUCCUCUGAGACCCAGACACGAAGUACACACUCAUGUAAAUGUAAUGUAACCUGUAGGUGCAUACAAACACUUGUGCCUUUGUGCCUCGCUACAAAAAUGACGGCAUUAUGCUUAACACCACAGUGAAUGCUUGCAUCACACCUUACGUGGGAGAGUCUAUUGUGAUUUAAAUUGCGUGGAAGAGUGUUGUUGCUCAGAGUAAAUGCAGCAUUUUCAUGUUUAAAUUUGGAAUCCUCUUUUGUAUUGUUUAGUUUUCACCCUUUUGAAUGAUUGUUGGAGAUUAACAAUAAUUGUUUUCCUAUGGAUAGUCAAGUUACUCUGUAAGGGUUGUCUCAUACAUGUCUCAUCUGUCCCAUGUCUAUACUCCCUUGAGCCCUUCCAACCUGUGCGCUCCUCUAAAGGGGGAAGUAGUCAUCAAUGCCGGUGCCCCUGAAAUAAGGUGGUCCUUGUGAGUCAAACAAUCUCUAAAUGUCUUUGUCAUAUUUUUUGCACUUACGAACCACAAUUGCUACUUCCCACUGGCCAUUACAUUUGUGUAUUUGAACAAUGUUGAAGCUCUGACACAGUGUGGACCCCAAUUCAAAGGGUUAGCAUCUUCAUGUAAAGUUUCUAAUUGUCCCUCUGUAAUAUUUCUAAUAUUUGUAUGAUUUCUUGUUUUGUAAUGGUAUGUUUUCUUUGAUAGAUUAGAGAAUGCAUGAGAUUAGGCCAUGUGUGUGGGGAAGAGUAUGGGGCAAUCAAAGACAUUGGGUGAUAAUGUAUGUGAACCUGUACCAGUUGUAAAUGAAAUGGGGAAAAAUGAACCAAAUUUGAAAUAAAUCUGAAAAACAUGAAAGAAUAUAUAAUUUUUUGAAAUCAAAUGUGUUG